UCACGCUGGAACGAACUGUGGGACAGUGGGGUCGUCAAAAUUUUGUUGUUAAUCAAUAGCAAUUAGAUAAUAAGUGAAAUAUGCUUAGACAACUGACACGAUCAGUGGGCAUGACCUCGCGGUUAGUCAGGCAGGUCAACUAUGCCACCAGCUCCCCGACUGGGCCGUCCCAAAUUCCCGUAACCACGGCCCUGGAAAACGGGAGGUGGGCAGAAAAGCUCAAGGCCGCCGGCGUUGAGGACACGGAAUUCAACCUAAAGUGCAUUGUGUCUCAUGUCCUGAAGCAAAAAUUCAAUUCGGUGCCGGACUCCUUCGACCAGUUGCAGUUCAAUCCUGGCCAACUGGCGGACUUCGAGCACUUUCUGGAGGCUCGAUGUGCUCGGAUGCCGCUGCAGCACAUCAUCGGCGAAUGGGACUUCAUGGACAUCACCUUGAAGACGUCGCCUUCGGUCUUUAUUCCGCGCCCUGAAACGGAGGAGUUUAUGCGGCUGGUGAUUGAUGACCACAAGGAUACGAAGCACGUUGACCUGCUGGAGGUCGGGUGUGGCUCGGGGGCUAUGUCCUUGUCUAUGUUGCACAGCUUGCCGCAGGUGGAUGCCACCGCGAUCGAGCGAAGCAAGGCUGCCACCGUGCUGGCAGCGGAGAAUGCCAAGAUGCUGGGCUUGUUGAACCGUUUCAGUGUGCAUAACCACACCAUGGAGGAAGACAAGUACUUGCCGGAGGAGCUGAAGGACAAGAAGUAUGACUUGAUCAUCUCCAAUCCGCCUUAUGUCAAGACAGAGGAGUUUCAGUUCCUGCACCCCGAAGUGGUUGUCUAUGAGAACCUGAAUGCUCUGGACGGGGGCUCCGAUGGAUUGAGGGUGGCUCGUUUGGUAUUUGAUCUGGCCUGCCGGCACUUGCGUCCUGGCGGCAAGCUCUGGCUGGAGCUGGGAAAUGACCAUCCACCGAUGGUAAAGACCAUAAUGAAUCUGAAGUACGAGGGUCGGCUCAAGUUCAUUGCCAGCUACAGUGACCAGUAUAAGCGCGAGAGAUUCGUCCAGAUCGAGAAGGUCUAGAAGGCGUUACCUCAUUAACAGGACAGGAUGAUAUGACUUAGACAAUGCAAUUAGCUAUUACGUUGCCCAUGCAUUUAGCUGUGAUUUGAUUUACGACCACAAAACCCCUGCACGCUGCCCAGAGACGCGCACGUAUAUAUAUUGAAUAUAUAGCGCUAUUAUUACUUACGUUUUUAAUUUAAUCUUGUAGUAAAAUCAAGUUCAUUGACAGGCAUAGGCGGGUUUACUUAAUGGAUAUGCCGCGUAGUUUUGUUAUGUGUCGUGAUUUAUGUCUACGUUGGGUUUUGUAUCUAAAAAAUAUAGUUACAGGCAAAAGACUGAGGACCGCCUCAGGAUCAAUACUUACUUACCUAUCUAUCUGGAUCAUACUGAUCAAGAACGUUUAAGACCGACAAUUCAUGAACAUGCUCAAAUGAUUACCAAUUAAAAUUUUAUUUAUAACUAAAGGAUCAUGUAGUGGGCAGUACUGAGUACUGUGAUCAUCUGGAGGAAAAUACCGUACGGUAACCAAUUUAGUGAAUUGUAAAAAUAUAAAAAAUUAAAACUCA